AUGGCUGCCGAUCAGAACCUUCCUAUUCAUGAAACCGGCAGAAGUGCCCGCAGCAGUCCAGUACCCUUGCCCAUCUCGAGUUCCCCAGUGAAGUUGUCGCAAAUAAAUCCACACCCACGGGAGCACGGAAGCCGGGCUGGGACUCCCAUGCUCAGUGCCCCCGAACAUACCAAUGAGGUCGAUAACUGGCGCCAAAGAUACCUCCAGCAAAGGGACGAGCUGCUGGCCGAGCGUGAGAAAGCAAAUCGCCUCGAGGCUGCCGAACGGACCUUCUCCUCCGAGGUAACCGCCUGGCAAGCAAGAUGCACAGAGUCUGAAGAGGGAUUAGCAAAGGAGAGAGAGGCACAUAAUCGAACACAUCUUAAGCUACAUCAAAGGCAGCAAGACGUUCAAAAAUUUAUUGGCUUGUUGAAUGAUGCCAACGACAAACUGGGAAGCACAAUAAACCCCAACCAAGUUCGCCACCAGCUUGAAGAUGCAGCGAUCACAACACGGGCCAAACGUCUGCGGUCGACCAUCCGCACCUUUGCUGAACAUUUUGGCGAGGUUCACGAAAGUGAUCAUCCCAAUCUGAAAAAUUCAUAUUCUUUGUUCAAAAAAUAUCUUUGUGUAUCCGAGGAUGCCUUGGCCACCUACAUAGAAUCCCCUUCGGCUCGUCCAAAAAUUCUCCGUCCUUUCAUAUGGACUUUUUUAUACGAGGAGGUCUUUGAUAAAUUCUUCUGGGCGCCUCCAGAUAUAAGGAGUGCAAUGAGAACCCUCCGUGGUUUGAUAGAGCCGUCGCAGGAGGCUUGGUCGAACGAAGAAACAGAGGUAGGACGGAAGCAAAUAACGUGGAGAGCUGAUACGACCAACAUGGUGCUUGAGGGAUUGAAUGAGAAUGCGCACAAGAUCCGUGACAGCCAGCAUCAUUUUGUUUCAGCCAAGGCACAGAAGCUAGUUGGAUUACUAGAGCCCAUUGUCUGCCAUGAUAAGCGAACUCUCUAUGACCCACUGGUGAAGCUCUUGAACGAAAGUUUGGAACUGGACCUAGUGUUGAGCCAACAAGUCGCGCUAUGGAGUUGGGAGUUCCCUAAGAAACUGCCCUGCCAGUUUGAUAAGGAGGUGCACACGUCAAUUCAAAAAAGACACCACGGACAGAUAUAUGAGAUACACCUAGUCCUGGCCCCCGCCCUUAUGAAACGAGGCAAGUCUUCAGGAGAUGACUUCCAUGACCAAUAUGCGCAGGUCAAGAUGGAGGUGGAAAUCGACACCCCUCGCCAGGAUAGCAGCGGCUCUCAAUCUUUCAGGAGGAAAGUAAUCGAUAAAUUCAGGCCAAAGUCCUAG